GAGGAAAAGUCUUCAGGGCCUGAGGAGAGUUUGUAAAACUUGCCCCAAAUCCUAGAAGUGUCUCCGCCCGCUGCUGAGCCGCGAUGGGCGACUGGAGCUUCCUGGGGGAGUUCCUGGAGGAGGUGCACAAGCACUCCACGGUGAUCGGCAAGGUCUGGCUCACAGUGCUCUUCAUCUUCCGCAUGCUGGUGCUGGGCACGGCCGCCGAGUCCUCCUGGGGCGACGAGCAGGCGGACUUCCAGUGCGACACCAUGCAGCCGGGCUGCGAGAACGUCUGCUACGACCAGGCCUUCCCCAUCUCGCACAUCCGCUACUGGGUGCUGCAGAUCAUCUUCGUGUCCACGCCGUCGCUGGUGUACAUGGGCCACGCCAUGCACACGGUGCGCAUGCAGGAGAAGCGCCGGCUGCGCGAGGCCGCCCACGGGGCCGGGGAGGGCCAGGGCGCCGGCUCCUACGGCUUCCCGGCGGCCGAGAAGACGGAGCUGUCCUGCUGGGAGGAAACCAACAGCAAGAUCGUCCUCCGGGGCACCCUGCUCACCACCUACUUGUGCAGCAUCCUGAUCCGCACCGCCAUGGAGGUGGCCUUCAUCGUGGGCCAGUACCUGCUCUACGGCAUCUUCCUGGACACGCUGCACGUCUGCCGCCGCAGCCCCUGCCCCCACCCCGUCAACUGCUACGUGUCGCGGCCCACGGAGAAGAACGUCUUCAUCGUCUUCAUGCUGGCGGUGGCCGGCCUGUCCCUCUUCCUCAGCCUGGCCGAGCUCUACCACCUGGGCUGGAAGAAGCUGCGGCCGCGGCUCGCCCGGCCGGGGCAGGGCAGGGCUGAGUGCCAGCUGCCCGGCCCCUCCACGGGCUCGGCCCCGGGCUGCACGCCGCCCCCCGACUUCAGCCAGUGCCUGGAGAACGGUCCUGGGGGCAAGUUCUUCAACCCGUUCAGCAACAGGAUGGCCUCCCAGCAAAACACGGACAACCUGGCCACCGAGCAGGUGCGCGGCCAGGAGCCGAUGCCCGGGGAGGGUUUCCUUCACAUCCGCUAUGCCCAGAAGCCGGAGGUGCCCAAUGGCGUCUCCCCAGGGCACGGCCUCCCCCAGGGCUACCAGAGGGACAAGCGCCGACUGAGCAAGGCCAGCAGCAAGGCCAGGUCCGAUGACCUCUCAGUGUGACCCUCCGGUGGGGGGGACUGGGACCAGGUGGGGACCAAGGAGACUCAGAGAAGGAAGAGGGGUUCCUUCCGACCCCACCUGUCUUGUUCUCAGCACCGCUCUGCUCCUUUGGGGCCAGCGCUGUCGGAGAUCUAGCCAGGCCUCUGUCUCUCCCCCACCCUCUACCCAGUGCACUCAGUGAAGACUCAGGUUACUCGCUCAACAGGGGAGAGCAAGGGAAGGGACUGAGGCAAAGUCUGGCCUGGGAGGGGUAGCCAGAGAGAGAGGAUAAUUCUCUCCAUGCCAGCCACUUGCCAGAGGGUUCUCUGAGUCUCUAUGGCGCCUGUGAACUGAGUACCCUUCCUCCUGCAAGGAAGACCCCAGAGCUCCUAGCCAGUAAAGAGCAUGAGCCAAGGAACUUGCACAAGGUGUGCUCUGGAACCUGUGGUGUCCACGGGCCAAGCCUUGGAGGCAGCGAGGUUGCCUUGGGCCGCCCUUGGCUGCCGCUGCCUCUACCCAGUCUUACCUAAAAUGAGGUCCUUGGAGCUUGACCAGUAGCCUCGACUUUACAAGUGCCUUGGUAUGCACGCCUGGCAAAGGUCCAGCCUUUACUCUGCCAGGGGGUGGGCGCAAGCAGGCCAGGGGGUGCACUUUCCCCUUGGGAGCCACUGUGCGCAGACUCCCUGGAAUUCCUGCCACCACCUGUCCUGUAGCUCUUUACAGUUCAGCCCGAUGACAGAAACCAUCCUUUCCUGGCCUCCGGUGGCUGUUCACCCAGUGCUCCCCGACAGGCCUUACCAGCCAGGAGACCCAAGAAGCCAUCGUCCUCUCUCAGAUCCUGACCAGAUCACCAGCCUCGGAGGCCAGUGGAAUUUCCCCAGGUCUUAUUAAAACAACAAGAACAUUGUGCUUCUCAGAUUCCCCUUGGGGGAAAAAAGCAAGUCUGCUGUGAAGAUGAAAAUUAAAAGAGAGAAAAUACUGGAAAAUGAUUUUUUUCUUCCUAUUUAUUUCCCUCGCUGACUGCCAAUUAGAGUGCCGAGAAGAGGUCUGAUGACAGCGAUGGAAGCCCCCAGCUCCUUCUCCCCCGAGGGCAUAGACAUGGAGGGGAAACGCCAGCUCUCUUGGCAGGGUUCUCCUUUAAGAGCACAGAGAUCCCUGCGUCUCCCUGGUGCUCCUAAGGAAGCUGCCGGGAGGGGGCUUCAGAAAAGCCUGCUUUGCCCAGGGACUGGCCUGGAUUCUCCAUUCAGUCCAUGCAUAAUGGGUUGCCAUUUUAGAUGAAGGUAAAGGAUGCUCAGAAUUGGAUUCUGAGAUGUAUAGGGAAAUGGUUACUUUUAAAAAUGCGUGUG